AUGUGACCGAAAAGAGAACGAUAGAUUUAAAUAAAAAGAAAGAAAAAGAAAAAUAUAGAAAUAAAGAUACAGAUAGAGUUAGGGUUAGAGUUAAAGAUAAAAGAGAUCUUCUCUUUUUUGAUCUAACCUUGGCUCUUGGUUCAGACAUUGGCAUCGUAUACUUGUAACGCAACCUUGAACCACGACUUCUCCUUCCUCGAAUCGAUUCUAAUCACAUUCAUUAACGAAUUCUUCUUUUGUAAAAAAAAAAAAAAAAUAUAUAUAUAUAUAUAGUAGUAAAAAAGGAAAAAUAUAUAUAUAUAUAAUGAUAAUAAUGAUGAUGAUAAUGACGAUGUUGAUGACGAUGUUGGUUUUCGAACGUGAAACUAUCUUGUUUUGAGGCUUUCGUGGAUUAAUAAUCAGUUCGGUUUUUACGGUUCCGGAUAUUUAAAACGUGCGAACAGCGAUCGCCUCUAUGAAAUCUUUAAUCAGUAUGCCACGCAGGAGAAGAAUGGCGAGAGGUUUAUGACCUCAUCCGAUUUUGUACGCAGUUAUCUUGGUCUAUACACGGAUGUUGACUACAAUCCUGAAUCCGUCAAUUUGCUCGCUGGAAUCGUCGAUACUAGCAAAGAUGGACUCAUAUCCUUCACCGAGUUUCAAGCAUUUGAAGGCCUACUUUGCGUCCCGGAUGCACUAUAUAAAACAGCAUUUCAAUUGUUUGAUACUAAUGGAAAUGGAAUGGUUGCAUUUGACGAGUUCGCUGAGGUGAUGCGUAAAACAGUGUUACAUCAAAAGAUGCCAUUCAAUAUGGAUAGCAGUUUCAUUAAACUUUAUUUCGGAAAAGAUAAGAGCAGGCUAAUUAGUUAUGCAGAAUUCAGUCAAUUCCUACACGACUUUCACGAGGAAUAUGCCACGGAAGCAUUCAAAAAAUUCGAUAAAGAUGGCACGGGUUUUAUUACGGCAGUAGACUUUCAAGAUAUCAUGCUCAGUAUUAAAAGUCAUCUACUGACAAAAGACGUGAAGGAUAACUUAAUGGCCGCAAUCAGUACAGGACAAAGUGGACGAAAAGUAAGCUUCCCAUAUUUUAUGGCGUUCAAUUCGCUUCUCAAUAACAUGGAACUUAUAAAACGUAUUUACCUGAACGCGACCAAUGGCCAUAGAUAUCAAGAAGUUAGCAAAGAGGAAUUUCUUCAUUCUGCACAAAUGAUGUCACAAAUAACUCCACUCGAGGUGGACAUCCUUUUUCACCUAUGUCAUUUACUCCAUCAAACUGGAACUACGGAAGAUGACGAGGCAGAUUCGCGGUUUGGGAAAAUUGUAUACAAUGAUCUCGUGGCUAUUACCCCUGAGCAGUAUUUCAAGCAAAUAACAAAACGUCUCGCUGAGAUUAAGGCGGUGUCGAGCCCGGAGGAGCGUGGCGUUGUCGUUCAAAUUCUUGAGAGUGGAUACCGAUUUGUACUCGGAUCUAUCGGCGGAGCUGUUGGUGCUACCGUGGUGUAUCCUAUCGACCUAGUGAAAACACGAUUGCAGAAUCAAAGGACAGGAUCUUUCAUUGGGGAACUGAUGUACAGAAACAGCUUCGAUUGUUUGAGAAAGGUCAUGCGUCACGAAGGCUUUUUUGGCCUUUAUCGUGGCUUAUUGCCCCAAUUAAUGGGUGUAGCGCCGGAGAAAGCGAUCAAGCUUACGGUUAAUGAUUUUGUAAGAGAUAAGUUUAUGGACAAAAAUGGAUAUUUACCGCUUUAUGGUGAAGUUAUAUCCGGUGCUUGCGCUGGAGGAUCUCAGGUCAUUUUUACGAAUCCUUUGGAGAUCGUGAAAAUCAGAUUACAGGUUGCUGGAGAAAUUGCCGGAGGUACGAAAGUUCGAGCAUGGACUGUGGUUAAAGAAUUAGGUCUAUUUGGAUUAUAUAAAGGUGCUAAAGCAUGCUUUCUACGAGACGUACCGUUUAGCGCAAUUUACUUUCCUAUGUAUGCUCAUACAAAAGCUAAACUGGCCGAUGAAGGAGGAUACAAUACUCCUUUAUCUCUUCUAUUUUCUGGUGCAAUCGCUGGUGUACCUGCGGCAGCGCUGGUCACUCCUGCAGAUGUAAUAAAAACUAGAUUACAGGUCGUUGCUAGAGCAGGUCAAACGACGUACACCGGUUUACUCGAUUGUGCCAGAAAAGUUUAUAAAGAAGAAGGUGCCAGAGCAUUCUGGAAAGGAGCUUCAGCACGAGUAUUCAGAUCCUCUCCGCAAUUUGGUGUCACACUCUUCACGUACGAGUUGCUGCAAAGGUUGUUUGUAGUUGACUUUGGAGGAUCUCGACCAACAGGAUCAGAACAAAGGGUACCUGCUACAGGAUUGGUAGAUGAAAUACGAUCAACAAAUCCAGAUCACAUAGGUGGCUACCAAAUAGCUUUACCCAUCUUUACGGGUAUAGAGAGCAAGUUUGGUCUAUGUCUACCUAGGUUCCAAACAGUGACUGUUCAACCUAAUCGGCAAGCCAAAGGGCAGUAACACCAUUAGCUAGAAGAUAAGCUUAUAGGAAACCCUGCCAUAAUAGCAUACAAGUAUCAUUGGCUGAUUGCUCCAUCUAAUUCUAAGAUUGCGAGGGAAAAAAAAAAGAUACAACAUUCAAUCAUAUAACUUACCUGUUCUUCUUUAUCAACAGUGAUUUUGACCAUUGCACGCUAAUUAUAUUCUCUGGCUAUUUGAGGUCAAUAUAAAAUUGAACAUUAACUAGAUCGUCAAAUACAUUGUAUAUAGGCUUAAAAUGAAUAAGUCUAAGAAAUAUGUAGGAUCCAUCGACUAAUUAUCCAAUAACAUUAGCAUUACGUAGAAUAGCUAAAGCCUGUGCCAGGUAGCCAUAUAUUGAGCUAUAUAUACGAUAAUGCUGAAAGUAUCGAUUUUUAUUUAUUUUAAUAUUGCCUGUAUAUUUAUUAUAUAUUAUAUUGCCUUUAAACGUUAUCACACUAGAUAUAUACAAAUAUUUGAUCAACUUUUUAUUUUUCCUCUUUUAUGAUACAAACUUUUAUUCAACAAUUUUAUUUAAGAAAAUAUUUGGCACGCUGUAUUGUUCAGUAUUAUCGAGCUAUCUUCAAAAACAAUUUAAAUAGGCAUUCAUUUCAAUGUUUUGCAGUUAAUCGAUUAUGAACAAAUAAUAUAAAUAUAAAUGUAGUUUUUUGUUAUAUGAUAAAAUGGAACGAAGGUAACGUAAUAAUCGUUUUCUCUACAUAUUAUUCAAUGUCAUUUUCAUGAAAUAACAUUCGUGAAUUCCAUUCAUAAAAUGUAGAUAUAUGUAGAAAAAAUGAAUUCUCAUAUUUGUUCUAUAUUUCAUUAUACUUAUAUGCAUAAAUUGCAAAUACUUGACAAUUGGAAUGAUUAAAAAUUUAUAUAAUAAUUUAUAUCUAAUUGAUAGAUGAAUACAAUUUUAUAUCGUAAUAUUAAGAAAUUUUUUUUUUUUUUUUUUUUUUUUUUUUUUUUUCGUUUACGAUGGAUAUUCAAACUUCGUAUUUGAAUGUAGAUCGAAUGAUAUUUUUAUGAAAAUAACAUUCUAGAUCUAUCUGUAGCUCUUUUUUCACCUUCUAGUCGUAACUGCCGUUUUAAACUUGACUUAUACAUGGAUAUAUAUAUAUAUAUAUAUAUAUAUAUAUAUAUACCUUUUUUUUUUUUUAGUCAAUGGAUCCUAUAUCUGUGAUGAUUCUAUUCGUUCAAAGUAUUGAACAAAAAUAUAGAUACAGAGUUUCGAUCGGAAAAUACAAAAUAUAUAUACAUAUAUAUAUAUAUUGAAGCACGAAAUUUCGAUCCUUCGUAUGAUUAAUUUGUAAGGAUAGUUUCUAUAAAAAGGCUUUACAAAACACAUUAAUGUCAGCGGUAUCGUUAUAUAUAUAUUGAACUCUUUUAAAUCAUAUUUCAAUUUUUCGCACGCUUUCGACUGAUUUUUAUAAUAAGAUCGCAUCAUAAGAUGGAGCGAUAAAUAUUAUAACGAACAAUGUUGAUAAAUUAAUUGAAAAAAAAAUGUCUGAUCCAUAAAACACGACAUCACAGCCAAUCUUCUUUGCAUUUCAUACGUAAAAGAAAAAAAAAAAUACGUUUAAUUAAUUAUGUUAUUAAAAAAAAAAAAAAAAAAAUAAAAAAAAAAAAAAAAAAAAAAAAAAAAAAAAAAAAAAAAAAAAAACAAAAAAAAAAAAAAAAAAAAGGAAAAAAAAAAAAAAAAAAAAAAAGAACAAAAAAGAAAAAAAAAGAGAGAAUUGUCUUUACACGUCAUAAGUUCCAUCGAAUUAACGGAAAACUUGCAGGAUGUUAUCGAAGGAGCUGUGUUAAAAGGAAAAAUAAAAAGAAAGAGAGGGAGAGAGAGAGAGAGAGAGAGAGAGAGAGAAAAGAGGGGAAAAAGAAAAAAAAGAAAUAAACGAUUUUUUUUAUAUAUAAAUUGCGACUGUAAGUUGCACUCGAUGUAUUUUUCUUUCAACAUUUAUUCAACCGAUUUCGUUUAAUUAAUUAUCCGUUAAAUAUAAUUAAUUAAAAAUAUUUCCUGCUGGCUAAUCGUCGAAUGGCCUGAAACAUAUUUCGAUGUUCCCUCCUGUAACCAGUUCGAUAUAUUUAUGGAUAAACUGAAUUAAUUGUAUAUUCAUACACCGGAAAGAAAUAAGAAAACUCGCAAUAUCGUAUUAUAGUUAUUUUGUAGGAUGUUAUUUUCUUACGGCUACUUUGUAUUAUACCUGCUUAGAAAUGCAGAGAAGAUACAAAGACAGCGUACGAAAUUGCAUUCUUUCCAAGAUUGUCCAAGACUUGUUGAAUGCUGCUGGGUCAGACUUAAACGCAACCGUUGUACUAUCGUCAUAUAAAUCGCAAUAGAAAAAAAAAAAAAAAAAAGAAAAAAAAAAGAAAAAAAAGGUGGAGAAAAAGAAAGGGGAAAAAAAAAAGUUAAAAAGCAUUCGUUUCUAUCGAACUAAUACGUUCUCAGUUAAUCUCGUAUUUUAUAGUAAAUAAAUGAAAGAAAAAAACAAAAAAAAAAAAACAAAACAAAACAAAAAAAAAUACAAGAAAAAAAAACAAAAAAAAAGAAAGAAAGAAAGAUAAAGAAAAUAGGCACGCAAAUUAAUCGUAAGGAAAUAAUAUUAACUAGGUGAAUCCGUUCGAAUUAAAACAAACAAACAAACAAACAAAAAAAGAAGAAAAAAGGGGGAAAAAGGAAAAAAAAAAUCUCUUUCGUAGAUCUCAUUUACGAAUACGUUAAAUUAAGAAUAUAUGUAUAAGCAGACACACAGGAGAGAUAUUAUUUUCAAGAGUUCGACUCAUAAAAUGGGAAAGAUAGCGAAACAAAUUGAUAAAUACACUUUAUUAUUCGCAAUUGUAUACCGCUUUUUCGUGUAUCUCAGUAUACAAAAAAAAGAAAAAAACAAAAAAAAAAAAGGGAGUAGGUGGAAAAAAAAAAGAUAAAAAAAGAAAAAAAGAAGAAAUAAAUAAAAACAACAAAAACAAUCAUCUUUAUCGUUGAAUCAAUAGUAAAAUGGAAAGAAGAGAAAGCGGAAGGAUUCUAAAUAUCGAGAUGGAUAUCGAAGCAGAAGCGUUUGCGUUUUCGACGAUAUAUCGAAGUAAAAUAAGUCCAAAAUAAUAUUUUCCCUCCGUCUGUGCGUGAAUCUACAUAUUAUUAUUAUUAUUAAAACCGUCGGUGCGUUCUCUCGUUGACGCGAGAAUAUAUCCUCGAGUAAAUGUAAAUAGGAAAGUAACGUAAAGAGUAAUCGAGAGAGAUUAAAUAAAGAAAAUACAUGCGAAAUAUGAAAAUGUUUAAUGAGCGAACAAAAAAAAAAAAGGGAAUUUCGUAUACAAAAUUGAGACUUUUAUCGACACCGUUCGUACGUUUCGUACAAGUCGAGUCGACCACUUGUUUAUUAUUAUUAUUAUUAGAUCGAUAAAAA